AGAGUAUAAGAGCUGCUAUUUCUUUCAAAAUACUACGUUGUGCCGAAAAUUACCGAUGUUUUGUAUUUAUAUUUAUUUUGACCAAACAAUAAAUUGGUUUUCACAGGAUACCGCGUUAUUUUUUUAAGAAUCAACCGCCUUGAAAGAAGAAACUAUAGAAAUUAAUAGAAUGCCUUUUUCUGGAGUUGGAAACAGUCCUUUCGAGCAGUAUAACAAGGAGCAGAUAGCUGCCGCUUUUGAAAUUUUUGACGAGGAUAAAAAAGGAAAGGCGAAGACAAAAAAUCUUGGUACCAUUUUGGCUAUAUUAGGAAGAGUAAUAUCGAAUAAAGAUUUAGAAGAACUAAUAAUAAAAGUUGAAGAUAAUAAAACUUUAGGAUACAUGACACUGGAUAAACUUCAACCUGUUGUUUUGGAUAUUUUGAUGAAAGACAAAUUUAAAUCCUCGACGAGAGAAGAGCUUGUUUCAGCAUUCCGGUCAAUAGAUCGAGAAAGGAGAGGGUAUUUAGAUCCUGAUUCUCUGAAAAACUUUCUACUGGAGUACGGAGAACCUCUUGACGAUGAAAUAGAACACUUUUUUGAAUUUGCCAUUGAUCAAAAAUCAAAGAGAAUACAUUAUAAAGAUAUUUGUGAAAAUCUUGUUGCCCCUCAUGUGUUUGAUAUUGUAGAAAAUAGAAGUAAACUGAGGAAAGAACUGUCUCGUGAGCAUGUAUGAACAA